GUCGGAUGGAAGAAAUUGGCCGCCUUUAUACAGUCUCGGUAUAUCAUCAUGGUAUAUUUGUAUGUUGAUCUUGAUGAUGAAAAAUGACGAUUGCCAGAAGCAGAUGCGAAAGUGAUAAAGUACCUAAAAUUGGUGGUGGAUCUAAUAAAUGUAAAAUGCUAUUAAACGUGAGGACAACUCGGUUAAUCCACACGUAGAUCUGAGCGACUAGCAGCCACUCGGUAUAAUUCGCGUUUCAGUUGGGGGACUUUUGAAGACGCAAAAGAAAAAGAUGGCACGACCAACACAUCAAAUUCGGUAAGCAAAUCUAUCAUGCACGCACAAGAUCUAGAUCUAGAACACGUCGUCAAGCCCAAAACUACGAGUUCAUUUUUUGCUCGCGUUUUCAAUCACAAACAGCUGUCGUUUUGAAUCGUGACUAGAAAAACCCGCUCGACCACAACACUCCGGCAUUACAUUAACGAAAGUUUUUUACAACGACACCUAGAUGCCCUCCACGUAAGUAGUGCAAGCUCCUCUAAAAACCCAAAAUAGUUGACCGAGCAGAAGCAGUAUUAUAAGUGUUUUACUCUUGUUUUCGGGCGUCGGGCUGUUUGAUCUUCAUACAACUUUCGCUUGUUCCGCCCAAAGAACUACUACAAGCUCUCUGUAGCUCAGUGAUUUCUGUACAAGCUAGUAAAGCACCUUUGCCUUUUUUCGAAAAACCAAAGAUGGCGGGAAGUAGUAGAAGAAUGUCCCGCUCGUCUUCAAUGCUCGCGGCGUUCGUCUCGUUGUUUGUUGGUACCGCCAUGAUGUUGACGGACGGCGGCUUCGGCGGUGCUGGUGUUUUUCCUUCAUCUCUACUUCAAGCUCCGACUUUAUUUGCGUCCGCGCUUCGGUUGCAACCGGCAAGAAGUACGACUACAAGAACGCCGUCGCCGUCUCGGCGACAUCGUGCGCAGCCACUGCUGAAUACAGAAGGUCCUUCGCCUUCUGCGAACACUGGACAGCCAGGAGCUUCUUCUGCUGGUCCGCAGCACGAUCCUCCGCCCGCCGCAGCAGCCAAUUCCAGAACCGAAAACCAAAACGCCGGGCCGCCCGCACAGGAGGUUAUGUUGGAUGCUCUACCUGCGCCGCGGCUGCAGCCAAUAUAUGAAAUCGCACGACAGCCAGUGAGGGAAAUCCCGGGGCUCUAUGGUCCAUGUUUCCCCGGUGGCUAUCAAAUGUAAAAAUGUCUGGGUCUGGAAGAUUGCCGGCUUUGUCAUGCACAUUUUGCAUGACUCCUCAAGUCUGUGAUGCAUGCCCUAGCAUCACAGAUUUUUAGAGGGCUUCCUGACGCCUAUUCCGCAUGCAAAUGCUCUUUCCGUACUGCAAAACUUGGACUCUCUUUGCUGCUCAUGCAAUACAGAUUUUUUUAGAAUCCAAAAUCAGCGCGACAAGUUGGAUUCUUCCAGACCCAGACACUUUUACAGUUGAUAGUGGCUCCGAAAUCACCAAAGGUGAAUUUCUCGGAUGUUGCUGUGCUGCCACCGGUGCUGCGAUUUGGCAAACCCCUGUAGGCCCUUGCGUUCUUGGUUCGUCCGGCGCCAAAUUGUGUGGACCCAUACUAUGCACUGCCGGCAUGGCUGUUGGAUGUGAGGGUUCGUGCUCAGAAAGAACACGAGCAGCGAGGGUUCGUGAAAUCCGAGAAGAGGCGCAGGCCACGGAGGAGGAGGCCGCCCGUGCUGCACACAGGAACCAGCUUCGAGACCAGCUACGACAGCAGGCGAGCGCUUCGGGCAGCAACCAGGGAUUUUAUCUGCGGACCGAGCGUGACCCGACUGGCACUGGUGAGCGGACUGAUGUCCCCGUCAGUGAACUCCCGUAGGCCGUUCCAAUUUACUACAUCGUAGCGAACAAGCUGCACUCGUCAUUACAAAGCCUGCGCAUCUACUUUCGCCCUAAAAGUAGGAAGGUGUAAGUGAAUCUUUUCUUGAAGUCAAAAUAUUUGGCUCGCAGGUUUUUUGAAAACAUAAGUUUACAAGGUUUGUUGUGCGCACAUAUAAGUGUGCCUAUCUAUGCGGACCAUUUUUUUUUUCAUCACCCAAAUGACGAUGAACAUACUUGCUACGCGCACACAUAAUGUUGAGCCGUCGCAAAUUUUGUGUAUGUUUAUUCGACAUGAUCCUGGCGGUCGUGUUUGCCUUGUUUUCCCGCUCGCUAGAAGUAGAAAGUAACCAACCAAGGAAAGAUCGAGCGGAAAAUGGGUACUACACAGACGACCAGCGCAAAUUGUAGGCAACGAAUCGGAUUAGCCCCUCGUUGACCGAGCAAGAACUCGAAUGUUGAUGCACAAGAACACGGUUGCAAGAUGCAACGCGAUUGUUUUGUUAGAAAUCUACUACCAACAAGAAAACGGAAAAACUGCAUCUACUUUCGCAAGAGCAUCUUCUUAUGCUCCUGUUGAGAGCUGCGCGAUCCUUGAGCCUGUUUCUGAUCCUGCGGUCGAUGUUCUCCUACGUGUAAGGAUUUCUCCCUAGUAGCUCGGCGAUCCCUCAACAAAUGAGAAAGAAAAAGUCGGAAAAUUGGCCGCCUUCAGAUCGUCAGAAAACAAUCUCGGUAUAGUAUCAAGAUCUCGGUAUAUUUGUAUGUUGAUCGUGAUGAUGAAAAAUGACGAGUGCCAGAAGCAGAUGCAAAAGUGAUAAAGUACCUAAAUAAAUUGGUGGUGGAUCUAAUAAAUGUAGAACAGCGCAAACGCUAUUGAACGUGAGGACAGCUCGGUUAAGUAAUCCACACGUAGAUCUGAGCGACUAGCAUAUGAAGGGACAAAGUCCAUUUAGCUUCAUGGAAGAUCUAUUUUGAAUAUAAUUCAAAAUCGGCCGUGAAUAUUUACACUUCGCAGAAGAGUGAUUUUUUCAAACACGCCCGUCACCGACACCGAAGCCGACGCUUUCCGGGUUCAACAGCCACGACCUGAGUUUCAAAAUAGUCGCUGUUUAUGGCAGAACCACAACUAUCUAGGAUCCGCCGCAGGCGCGGCAAAAAAAGCAACGCCAACGGCGCCAGUGGAGGUCUGAGUCGUGGCAGCGGCCUCCGCCUCCGGCACGCGGAAAUAAUUGCGCAUUGUUUCAUUGGCGCAUCAUAGCUGCGCCAACAAGCACCGGGGAGAAGAAAUAUAGACGUCGCUACGUGCCUGCGCGCGCAGCUACGUGCCCGCCUUGGCUUCGUUGCCGCCGCCUGCAAGGUUGUUCUUCGUUCUGCAACUCAGAACAAGAUGCACCCCGUACCUAGACGGUGAGCAAGGUAGUUUUGCGCCUGGACAGCAAUCUGGCAGCGUGUGCGCCAGGCUUCUGCCCAGGCCUGCGGCGUGUGUGCCUAGAGGCAAAAAAAGGGAAGCAAGGCCCGGCCGCUUGCUCCCGGCCGCUGAAUGAUUCAAAAUCGGGAUCCAGAAAAGCAGCUCCUCUUGCGAAAAUUCACAACAAGAGGUGGCUUCCGAAUGAAUAUCCUCAGAAAAGGCAAAAAAACGCUGCCCGUCCGUGAAUCAUUCAAGAGAAAGCCCCGCCUUCCCCAGUCCAUGACCCGGCUACCGCCCAGCAUUGUUUUGCUUCAGCACAGAAACAAAGCAGAGCGCGCCAGCCACCGCAAUUCAAACUAAAAGAGCGCGCGAACAGGUGCGAAGGGGGCCUACAGUAGUGCUGCGCCCUAUGCAAGGGCAGCCCGCAGCUCCUGUCAGUGCUGGUGCGCGCAGUGCCGUUUUUGCUUUUGGCAUGCAAUACAGCGCACACAAAGUAAAGGCUUCCGUGGCGAUGACAGCUCGGUUAAGUAAUCCACACGUAGAUCUGAGCGACUAGCAGCCACUCGGUAUAAUUCGCGUUUCAGUUGGGGGACUUUUGAAGACGCAAAAGAUGGCAAGGAAGACCAACGCAUCAAAUUCGGUAAGCAAAUCUAUCAUGCGCGCACAAGAUCUAGAUCUAGAACACGGACGUGGUCAAGCCCAAAACUACGAGUUCAUUUUUUGUUCGCGGUUUUCAAUCACAAACAGCUGUCGUUUUGAAUCGUGACUAGAAAAACCCGCUCGAUCACAACACUCCGGCAUAACAUUAACAAAGUUUUCUACAUCAACUUAGGUGACCUCCACGUAUUAAGUACAAGUAGUGCAAGCUUCUCUGAAAACCCAUAAUAGUUGACCGAGGAGUAGAACCAGUAUAAGAGUUUUACUCUUGUUGUUUUCGCUCAUCGGGGUGUUAUUUGAUCUUCAUACAGCUUUCGCUUGUUCUUUCCCCCAAAGAACUACAAGCUCUCUGUAGCUCAGUGAUUUCUUUACAAGCCAAAGCACCUUUGCCUUUUUUCGAAAAACCAAAGAUGGCGGGAAGUAGUAGAAGAGUGCUGCCUCACUCGUCUUCAAUGCUCGCGGCGUUCGUCUCGUUGUUUGUUGGUACCGCUCUGAUGUUGACGGACGGCGGCUUCGGCGGUGCUGGUCGUGUUUCUUUUCCUUCCUCUCUACUUCAAGCUCCGACUUCAUUUGCGUCUGCGCUUCGGUUGCAGUCGGCAGGAAGGACUUCAAGAACGCCGUCGCCGGCUAUCCUGAGUAAAAGUGUACCCAUACCAGAGUCAGGAUGGGGAUUUUGCAACACAAACCUAGGAGUUUUGGGAGUCACACAUGACAAGUUUCAGUCCGUAAGGUAGUGCAAGUUAGCAAGGAAAGCCGCAUCACAAAUCGACCUGUUGAUCCUGUUUAUAGCAUUACAAGUUCCCAAACACGAUUGAAAAUGCCUCUCAUGGGGUUGCGCAUCACAAAUGUUCCUGUCGUGGCAAAUCUGCAUGACAACUCUGGGGUGGGGACGUUUUUACACAGGAUACUGGCCUCUCCGAAAUCAACGCUGCGCGCGCGACGCCGAAAUCAACGUGCGCAGCCACCUAUCAAAUGUAAAAAUGUCUGGGUCUGGAAACUUGUAAUGCUGUGUUGGGAAUAGUGAAUGCACUGUAAUGUACAGCCAUGCAUGAGAAAUAUCUGCGCUUCUUUGUGUUGCGUUUCUGGCAUGAGAGACUGCGUUUUUGCAUGACAGGCAAAAGGGUCUCUUCUUGGACACGCAUCACAAACUUUUUUGUCAUGCCAGGCAAGCAUGACAAAUCUCGCAAUCUUCCAGACCCAGACAUUUUUACAUUUGGUACCACCACAGCACGAUGCUGCGCCUGUUGCUGCAGCAGCCAUUUUGGCGGGGGAGGGCGCCGGGCCAAACACACAGCAAACUAUGGCACCUAUCAAAUGUAAAAAUGUCUGGGUCUGGAAACUUAUGAUGCUGGGUGGCGUCUCAUGAUUGAUGAGGCCACAAAUGCUGGCUUAGCAUGACAAGUUUCUGAGCUUCUAGGUAUAAUUGCCUAUUCUGCAUGACAAACUGCGCCUCUGCAUCACAGAAAAAUGGAGCUGUUGGGUACUAACGUGCAUGACAGAUUUAAGAGGCAUGCCAGACAAGCAUGACAAACGUGCAUUCUUCCAGACCCAGACAUUUUUGCACUUGAUAGCACCUGCGCGCUUCGGUUGCUGUCGGCGACACCGAAAUCAACGUGUAUCAAGAGGAAAAAUCCCCCUCCCCAUAACGAAAUGGAAUUUCUGAUGCUGGAUGUGCGUACACAAAUCAGUUUUGUAUUGCAGAGAGGCAUUGCGACCACAUCUCCAGGCUAGGUAGGGGCGUAUCGGUCUAGUUGUUCAGCAUGGCAAACGGCUCCCCUUUAGGCCCAACAGCAUGACAAACCGCUUCCAGAAUGGGGCGGAGGCUUCUGCCCUUGUCUUCUUGCAAGACAAAUGUGAUUUGUGGCCUCAAAUCAGCAACGCUAAUUUUCGGAAACCUACCUUUUCAAUAUGGGGAGGGGGGAUUUUUCUUUGCAAUAACGUGCGCAGCCACCACAGCACGAUGCUGCGCCUGCUGCAGCAGCCAUUUUGGCGGAGCACGACGCAACAAGCGGGCGGCUCUUGGAAAUGCUGGACGUGAACGAUUUGAAACACUGCAGGGCUGUAUAUGCAUUGGAGAAGUAUCGUACUAGUAUGAAUUGCAAUACAAAUUCAAAUUUCCUCAGCGUGAGAAAUAAAAUUUGUAAUGCGGAUGUAUCUUGAGAAAGAAAUUUGCAAUGCAUGAAUGGGAUUACUACGAGUGCGAUACUUUUGCACAGGAUACUGCAGCCAGUGGCUCGAUCUUGGCGCGCGCUGACGAGCAUAUCAAAUGUAAAAAUGUCUGGGUCUGGAAGAUUGCAACUUGUGAUGCUGCAUUUGGAUGUCUAAAAAUAAAAAAUUUGUGUUGCAUGAGCAGCAAAAGGAAUCUAAUUUCUGCUACGCGGAGAGGGCAUUUGUGAUGCAGAAUAGGCAUCAAAAACCCCUCAAAAAGAAAAAACCUGUGAUGCUAGGUCAUGCAUCACAGACAUCACGGCUCAUGCAAAUCGUGCAUCACAAGUCUCAGAAUCUUCCAGACCCAGACACUUUUGCACUUGAUAGAGCAACUGCUUCAACGAUUGGGCAGAACUCCAACAGAUAUGGUACACGUGGCUACUCUGCGCGAACGGGUCAACUGGGAAAGGGAACAAAUGAUGCCUCAGCAUGACAGUGAAGCCAACCGGUUAGUCGAGUACAAUAGGUGGGUGCAAGAGGUGUGCGCAAGAGAGAUGCCUUUGCGUAUGCGCAUCGGACUGGUCAGCGCCGGCUGUUUUCUUGGUUGUGCUGGUAUUGCCUUAUCAAAUGCAAAAAUGUCUGGGUCUGGAAAAAUGCAACUUGUAAUGCGUAUUUCAGAACGCAGAAAAGUCUCUCAUGCAUACGUAGCAAAAGCUCCCCACUUUCUGUCAGCAAAGUAGGGGACUUGUCAUGCGGAUUCGGCAUUGCGGAAGCUUCUCGAAACCUGUGAUGCUAGAGCUUCCAUGCCAGACCUUCUGUGUGAUGCAAAAACAGCAUGACUCUUCCAGACCCAGACAUUUUUACAUUUGAUAUGCCUGUUGA